CGGGGAUGAUGCGAACCCAGCCUGUGGCUUCCUCUUGUUUCCAAGGUAAACACCCGGAAGUAGCAGAGUCACCCCACAGCCAAUCAGGUGCUACACUCCCAGCUGUCAUCUUAAUGUAGCAAAGUCGACAAUCGAGAUGGAAGGGAAUCGCAUAGACUUCUACAUCGGCCUCUCUCUGGCUGUGAGCUCCAGUGUUUUUAUCGGCUCCAGUUUUAUCUUGAAAAAGAAAGGCCUGCUGCGAUUGGCCAGAAAGGGCUCCACACGGGCAGGUCAAGGCGGUUAUGCCUAUCUAAAAGAAUGGCUGUGGUGGGCGGGGCUUAUUUCAAUGGGAGCAGGAGAAGCUGCCAACUUUGCUGCUUAUGCGUUCGCACCAGCAACACUGGUGACCCCCCUUGGAGCACUCAGUGUACUUGUCAGUGCUGUGCUGUCUUCAUACUUUCUAAACGAGAGGCUGAACGUUCAUGGGAAGAUUGGUUGUCUGCUUUGCAUCUUGGGCUCGACGGUCAUGGUGAUUCAUGCACCACAGGAAGAGGAAGUCGCCUCGCUAAGCGCAAUGGCUGAGAAACUAAAGGACCCAGGUUUCCUUGUGUUUGCUGUGUGUGUUGUUGGAAGCAGCUUAGUCCUGAUCUUUGCUGUGGCCCCUCGCUUCGGACAGAAAAACUUUCUCGUCUACAUCCUGAUCUGUUCUGUGAUUGGCUCGCUCUCAGUGUCUUGCGUCAAAGGUCUCGGGAUUGGAAUGAAGGAGCUGGUUUCAGGGACGGCGGUGCUGAAGGAUCCCCUAUUCUGGGCUUUACUCAUCUGCCUGGCCAUCUGCGUCACCAUUCAGAUCAGCUACCUGAAUAAAGCUCUGGACAUUUUCAACACCUCCAUCGUCACGCCAAUUUACUACGUCUUCUUCACCACAUCAGUCAUGGCUUGUUCAGCCAUCCUGUUCAAGGAGUGGUUGAAAAUGAACGUCGAUGGUGUCAUUGGGACAAUCAGCGGAUUCCUUACCAUAAUUUUGGGGAUUUUUCUCCUCCAUGCCUUUAAAGACAUUACAUACAGCCUCGACUCCCUUCCUUUAUACCUGAGAAAAAGCCCUGAUUGGUUCCCAGGGGGCCAACAACCAUAUCUGGCUCUUCCUGAUGAUAUCCAAGCAGAAGAUGAGAGAAAGUUAACCAGACAUGGUGAAAGAAAGGGAGGGCCUCAUAAAUAAAAAAAAAAAAAAAAAAGAACCUAUG